AGACUUGCCUCUUUCCUUGAGCCUCAGCUUCCCCGUCUGUGAAGUGGGAACAGUUCUGCACGGUGGAUGCUGGACAAGGUGGCACGUGUUGGGCCCGCCUGCCCUGUGGGGAUGGCUCAACCAGACGCCACCUGGACUGUUGUCCUAAUUACUGCUGUUGCUACUGCCAGUCAUCCGAGUGGGAAGGAGAGGCUGAGGGAGUCCAGGAAGCCCCAAGGAGUUCACAGCCACCCUGGAAAACUGGUCCAGCCGGUGUCUGCAUCCGUCCCGGGCAGCACGGGCGAAGCUCGGGAGCCUGCGGAAAGUGGGCGCUGCGGUUCGGCCGGCCUCGGCCAUGUGUCCAAGGGACCCCCAAGGUUCCCGCUGAGCUGGCCCACUGCAGACAGCCAGGGCCCAGCCCUCGGGCCCCCUCCAUGCCCAGCAGGUGACCCCUUGGCAUCUCCACAGGACGCCAAGAUGGAGGCUCCCGUGGGGGCCCAGUGCCGCUUCUCAAAGGGACUCCUGCUCUCAGCCUCCAUCUUGGUCCUCUGGGCCCCCCAAGGCUCCUGGGCUGCCCUCCGCAUCCAGAAGAUUCCAGAGCACCCUCAAAAGAACCAGGAUCUUCUCCUGUCUGUCCAGGGCGUCCCAGAAACCUUCCAGGACUUCAACUGGUACCUGGGGGAGGAUGCCUAUGGCGGCACGAGGCUCUUCACCUACAUCCCGGGGCUGCAGCGGCCCCAGAGGGACGGCAGCACCAUGGGGCAACGAGACAUCGUCGGCUUCCCCAACGGCUCCAUGCUGCUGCGUCGCGCCCAGCCCGGCGACAGCGGCACCUACCAGGUCGCUGUCACCGUCAACCCCGCCUGGACCAUGCGGGCCAAGACUGAGGUUCAGGUGGCCGAAAAGCAUCAGGAGCUGCCCAUUACACAACUGCCUAUGAGUGCUGGGAUCAUGGCCGCCAUCAUCAUUGGAUCUCUUGCUGCCGGGUCCCUCUUCAUUGGCAUCAUUGCCUACAUCCUGGUGACAAGAGGCUGGAGGAGCCAGAGCCACAGGAUGACGACAACGGAGAAGCGGGAGCUGGGCCCCCGUCGUAACCCUGGCGACAACAACAUCUAUGAAGUGAUGCCGUCUCCAGUCCUCCUGGUGUCCCCCCUCAGUGACACGGGGCUCAUGAACAUGGCCACGCCCCCAGCCGUCCCCCUGCCCCUGCCACCGAAGCCAGAGAGCCACCACUACCAGGACCUGCUGAACCCCGACCCUGCCCCUUACUGCCAGCUGGUGCCAGCCCCCUGAAGGGGGUCCCGGGCCAGGCAAAGCCUCGGCCGUCCCCUGGGGGCCUCGCACCUGCAGAAAAGUGACACCGCAGACCCAACAGGACCAGGCCAUCGGGGCUGUGGGGCUGACAAGGUGGACCCGGCCAGAGACUCAGUGUGGCACUGGGCAGGCGUCCUGGGUGAGGGACAGGAGACCGUGACGGGCCCAGCUCCUCGCUCCCCCUCUGAGUGUGCGACUCGCCCUUCAGACUGGUCCUGCCAGCACCCUGGCCUGGGCCGCGUGCCUGCAAAAAGCCAGCUCUUACCGCCCCCGCCCCAAAGCCCCGCAUCCAGCUAUUUCGGGGCAGGGAGGGUGGUCUUGGGCCUGCCUCCAGCCGGGCCUCACAGGCGCCCACCUGGCUGGGCUCCCAACUGUUGGCCCACAACACUCCACCCCGACUCUGCCGGUUGCCCUCAGAGCCCCUUCCCCAGGGACGAGGCAGCCCCCGCCCCCACCACACACACCCCAGAGGUCAAGGUCCGCCAGUGACCCCGGCUGCCAGACCCCUUCCCCUCUUGGGCAGAUCCAUCCCUUCUCUACUCCCCCCACCCCUGCUCCCAAAUGCGGGCCCAGUCUGCCACCCCUUACUUUAUUCAUUCAGUCAGCAACAAAGAGGCUGUGGGCCACACACUAUUCUAGAUCCCACAGCUUAGCCGGGGAAGGAAAUGGACAAAACCUCCUGCUCUCCCAGACGGACACUCUGGCAGGAGAGAGAGUCAGGAAACGAAAUAAAUCACUAACCUUC